AUGGCGCCGCCGUCCACCUCCCCUCCCGCCUCGGCCUUCCUGCCCGUCCUUUCGGGCCUCUUCGGCUGGGUCUACACAAUCGCUUGGUCCCUCUCCUUCUACCCACAGCCACUCCUCAACUAUCGCCGCCGCUCCACCUCGGGCACAACCGUCGACUUCCCAUUCAUCAACACCCUGGGCUUCCUCGCCUACUUCUUUUCCACUGCCGCCUUUCUUUGGUCGCCGUUGAUCCGCGAGCAGUACGCGGCCCGUCACCACGGCCUCGUCCCCACUGUCCGUGGCAAUGAUGUCGCCUUUGCCGGCCAUGCCCUCGUGCUUUCCUGCAUCACGGUCAGCCAAUACCACCCCACCCUAUGGGGCUUCCGUCCCGGCGGCGCACGCCCCCGGCCCAGCCGCCCUAUCUUCGGCGUCGCCCUCGGCUCCCUCCUCGCCGUUGUUCUCGUCUCCUUUGUCGUUAUCGCUGCCGCUGGUCCAGAUCUUGAUCCCGCAUCCGACUGGUGCGCCCUCGACAUCGUCUACGCCGCCUCCUACGUCAAGCUUCUCAUCACCCUCCUCGCCAUCGACUCCUAUCUCCAGCAAGACUGGUCCGGCAUCACCGGCAACCCUGUCAAGUUUGGCCUUGGCAACGUCUCCCUCGCCUACGACGCUAUCUUCAUCACCCAGCAUUACUUCCUCUAUCCACAUGAGAGCCAGUCGCCGCCGCCCACCACCCACUUUGACCCCGACGCUGACACUGACCCCGAUGCUGAUGUCGACGAACCCCUCCUGCGCCGGCAAGACCUCGAGGAUCGACGAGCCCAGUAG